GAUCACAGCUUGAUAACAAAAUGGUUCCGUGUUCGGUUUAAUCAAUAAUUUCCAAUUAAAAUCGAGGAUUAUUGAUGCAUCAAAAUAUGUUCUAAUUGCAUAUUGAAUUAUUGGAUAUACUUAUCUUAUUCAUAUUGUUAACAAAUUUCGAAUUUGUUGUGUUGUCUGAUUCCCUUGCAACCAUAUCUCAACGAUCAAAUAGUAACUAAAAUAUUUACGAUGCGAGGCCGGCCAGGAAGACGUUCUAGAAGUCGUGACCGAGGUCGAAGGUCCAGAAGUAGAGACAGACCUUAUCGAGGAGAUAUGAGAGGUGGAAGAAGAAACCAGGCAGGAGCAAGCUUACGAAAGCCCAGAUGGGACCUUAGUCGAUUAGAGCCCUUCAAAAAAGACUUUUAUACCCCCCAUCCAAAUGUAAUAAAUCGGUCUAUAGAUGAAGUUGAGGACUGGAGAAGACAAAAAGAAAUAUCUUUGAAAGGACGAGAUAUUCCAUCUCCAGUUCUCACUUUUGAAGAAGUUCAAUAUCCAGAAUAUGUAAUGUCGGGUAUCAAGAAAAUGGGUUUUAAAAUCCCUACGGCAAUUCAGGCACAAGGUUGGCCGAUAGCAUUAUCUGGAAGGGAUAUGGUUGGCAUAGCAUCCACAGGUUCUGGGAAAACACUCUCCUAUAUUCUCCCUGCUAUAGUGCAUAUUAGUAAUCAACCUCGCCUCCAAAGAAAUGAUGGACCUAUUGUGUUAGUCCUUGCUCCUACUAGGGAGCUGGCGCAACAAAUACAGCAGGUGGCAAAUGAUUUUGGUCAAUCAUCUAAGAUUCGAAAUACUUGCAUAUUUGGUGGAGCCCCAAAAGGUCCCCAAGCGAAUGAUCUGAUGGAUGGAGUAGAGAUAGUUAUAGCUACACCAGGUCGCCUGAUUGAUUUUCUGGAAAGUAACCGAACAAAUCUGCGCAGAUGCACAUAUUUAGUCUUGGAUGAAGCUGAUCGAAUGUUGGACAUGGGUUUUGAACCUCAAAUAAGGAAAAUUAUAGAACAGAUACGACCUGACCGGCAGACACUAAUGUGGUCCGCUACGUGGCCGAAGGAGGUCCAAGCUUUGGCAUCUGAAUUUCUGAAAGAUUAUAUUCAGAUUAAUGUAGGAUCUUUGCAGUUGUCGGCUAACCACAACAUUCUUCAGAUAAUAGAUGUUUGUCAGGAAUAUGAAAAAGAGGGGAAAUUGAGCACUUUACUGAAAGAAAUUAUGGCAGAGAAGGAAAAUAAGACGAUCAUUUUCAUUGAGACCAAAAGGAGAGUCGAUGAGAUAACCAGAAAAAUGAGAAGAGAUGGGUGGCCAGCUGUGUGUAUACAUGGUGAUAAAUCUCAACAAGAAAGAGAUUGGGUUUUACAAGAUUUCAGAUCUGGAAAGGCCCCAGUUUUGGUAGCGACAGACGUGGCAGCACGUGGUUUAGAUGUCGAAGAUGUUAAAUUCGUGAUUAACUUCGACUACCCCUCCAACUCUGAGGACUACGUGCACCGUAUCGGUAGAACCGGAAGGUCACAAAAGACUGGCACGGCCUACACUUUCUUCACGCCGAGCAACGUUAACAAGGCCGCCGACUUGGUCGCGGUGCUCAAAGAGGCCAAACAGGUCAUCAAUCCCAAAUUGCUGGAGAUGGCCGACAAGUGCUGGAACGGCAACGGGAACGGCAGAGGCGUUGGUGGUGGAAGGAAACCAUGGGGUCGUGGAAGAGGUCGCGGGAGGUCACGCUCCCGUUCUCCGAUAAGGUCGAGGUCCAGAUCGCCUCGACGUAACGUCAGAAGAGAGCGAAGUCGCUCAAGAGACAGGAGCAGGUCUCGCGACAGAAGUCGUUCCAGGGACAGAAGGCGGAGACACUCGCCGAGCUACUCUCCCUCUCCACAACGAUCCGGCAAGGAAAAGAGCCCUCCCAAACCCCUGAUGUCACUGAUGAAUAAACCUCCCCCGAAUAUCUCCUCUGUACCUCCUCCGCAGACUAUGUCACUUCCGUCCACCCGUGUUCCUCCCCCUCAAGCACCACCGACACAGUCCAGAAUGCCUCCCCAAGGUCCUCCCACGAGGAGUAGCUUGCUCCAAGGCCCGCCCCCGCAGGGUCAACCUCAAGGGCAUCCAAUGCAGUCGAGACAACAGCAGCCUCCUUUGCCGCCGCAUUCCGCUAUGCCGCCAAUGAAUACUCAGAUACCACCGCCACAAACGCGUGCGGCUCCUCCUCCGCAGAUGCCCCCACCAAGAAUCCCUCCGCCCAUGCACCAGGCCCCGCCUAUGCAUCAGGCUCCGCCCCCGCCGCCUCCUAGUUCUCAAGUUCAACAACAAAAUCAACCGCCCAAGCCCAUGAUGUCUUAUCAGACUCUUCCUCCUACUGGCUUUGGAGCUUACCAGUUUCCUAAUGGGGCGCUAAUUUUCAAUUCCCCUCCACCGCCACCCCCAAGUCAAGGGGUGAAUAUGUAUUUUCCAUACGCACCUCCUCCUCCGACGAGAUAAUGUAUUGAUAGUACUAACUUCCUAUUAAAUUAUUUAUAGUUUUUUAAUAAAUUAGUUAUGAUACUGAAUAUUAUUAUAGAAAAAAGGAAUAAUUUGAUUAUAAAGAAAUCUUCGUUUUUUUUAUAUUAGGAUAAGAUUUGUGUAUUAAAAUAUAUAUUGUAAAUAUGUUCAGAUUAAAUUUAAGGUUUCCAUUUGACUUCACGUUAACUUUUAUCAUCAAGUUCAUGAUAUUUUUUAACUGAUUUGGAGCUUGAAAUGAAAGAAAUAAUGUAAAUUGAGUUGAUAUAUUAUCCCUUUACAUUUGUGUGAAAAUUAGUUGUAUAUGUUGUUCAUCAAAUACAAUAGAAUUAAUUAAAAA